GAGAUUCAAAACAAUACAGGGGCCUUAUUGAACUUAAGGGUCAGGAUCGGCGUGUGCGCGAGUGCCCCGCUUGCGGUAGCUCAAAAAAUAAAAAAAUAAAAGCUCUUGUCCUCAUCGAAGCUUUUGGUCUGCGCCAAAUCUGAAACCGGUUCAGAAGUCCGUAGCAGCUGCUAGGGUUCGAAGGGGCGGGAUCAGAACCUCGGUGCGUUCUAAAGGGCGGAGUUGGGUUUGGAUUGGCUGCUGAAGACAGUGGGUCAGUUACAGUUUAACAAAGUCCUCGCUCGGUCUGGGUCUUUGGUUGUCAUGGAGCUCAUCUCUAGCAACUUUCAGGUGCUACUACAAGCGGCUGAGUACUUGGAGCGCAGGGAGAGAGAAGCCGAACAUGGCUAUGCUUCGCUCUCUCCUUACUCCAGCCAAGACGCAUUACAGUCCCGGAAGAGGUCGAAGCCUCGGAAGGCCCUGCAAAGCCUCAGGACUGUGCACAAUGAACUGGAGAAGCACAGGAGGGCCCAGCUGCGGCAGUGUUUGGAUCAGCUAAAGCAGCUGGUCCCCAUGAACACAGAGCGUUCUCGUUACACAACCCUUAGUCUUUUGCACAGAGCCAGGGUGCACAUUAAGAAGCUGGAAGAGCAGGAACAGAGAGCUCAGCAACUGAAAGAAAGGCUACGCUGCAAGCAGCAGAACCUGCACCAGCGGCUGGAAGAGUUACUGACUCGUUCAGGUGUGGAGAGGCUGCGAGCCAAUAGCCUGGACUCUUCUCAGUUCUCCGAACGUUCAGAUUCAGAAGAUGCGGAGGUGGACGUGGAAGGUCUGGCAUUCAGCAGCAUUGAAGAGGAUGUUGUGGCUGCAUUCAGCACUGGGCGGGAGCACAGUUAUUCCAAUACCAGAAACUUUUGGUUAUGAUGGACAGAAGCCCGAUUAUUAGGACAGUGCUCACCUAAACAGAUUUCCAACAGCACGGCCAGAAUUUCAUGCCAGUAUGAAUGGCAUUUGGCUUAUAACAAGACUGCAAGGUGCAAAAGGCAGUACUAUUGUAUUUCUACAUUUCUGUUGGAACCAACCAGAGUAAUUUCUAGAGACAUGGAGAAAAGCUGGCUUCACUAAUCACUAGUGGGGUAGGAGUGAAAGAAGAGUGAGGUCCUACAGCAUUUGAUCUAUACAUGAUAGCUUAUGGCUCUGUGUACACCCCCCUCCCAAAAAAAAGCUUGUGUGUACUGUCUCCUAAUUAGAGAUGAGAAAACGGGCCUACUAAGUAAGCAGAAUCUUGACCUGUUAACUAUUGGAAGCAAAUCUCAAUAAGGGCAACAGUAGAUCAUGGCACACUGAAUCGUUCCAGUUUUAUAGAAGAGAUGCACUUAGUUACAGGCCUGGAGUAUGAACAAGCUAGGAAAACCAGGUUGCUCUUACGUUUAAUUUCUCAGCAUGAAAUGGGUUGUGCUGCAGGGAAUCGGGACCAGCUAGGACUAUAGCUAGUGGGGCCCUGUUCCAUGACACAAUCCACCUUAUUCAAGUAUUCUGAUUUUCCCUGGAACAAAGACUGCUUUCCUUUUGUGACUCAGCCGCAUAUGUACUCAGCAAUAUUCUAGUAAAGAUUUUAAAUUUCUUGCA